GUGGGCAGUACAGAGCCAGCCUGUUGUUUUUAGCCUUUUAGCCAAACAACUUGAGGUGCUCUACAGAAAUCCCGAAGAAGGAAAUGGCUACCUCGCUCGGGACUGAAGAACAGGAUCAAUCAGGAACGGUAGAAGGAUCAACAAACCUUCGCUGCAGAAAGUGCCGCAGAUGUUUAAUAGACACAAGCAGCCUUCUUAAGGUUGUAACAUCAACAGAGGCUGCAGCCACAUGCAAUGUGUGGCAUCUGAACAUUGAAUUUUUGCCAGAUUGGAUUUUAGCAAGUGUUGAUCAGGCCAAUUGGACCGUCGGGAAAUUAAACUGUCAAAUCUGUAGGGCUCGCUUAGGAGGUUUUAAUUUCAUAAACUGCUCUAAAUGUACCUGUGGACUUGAUACAACUGUGCAUCUCAGUAAGAGUCGCGUUGAUCAGGAUUUUAAAGCUCCAGUGAUGUUGACAAGACCAGGAAGGACUAGAGAGCAUGUGGAAAGGAGGAAUAAUGAUGCCGAGUCUCAAACAAUAAGCUCCUCUCCGUCUACUUCCUCAACCUUCAGCUUCUCCUGUACUGUACCUCAUGUAGUCUCUGCUGCUGAAACAGUUGGAGAGUCAAGUGAGGAGCAACAGAUUCCUAUUACUAUAGAGAGGCGUGCAGAUCUUCCUUUACUUUAUGAACUGCCACCACAAGUGUCUGAUCAUCAGGAGAGAAUCGAGGAACGGCAUGUGGAUUUUGAUAGCAGAACCUCUCUGGAUGGAACAGUAGAUCAAGAAGUGGUCAGACUUGGAGUGAUGGAGGAGCCAUUAAGAAACAUCUCACCCAACCUAGAGCCAAAGCUUUCCAAGAGAGAGAAAAACCGCCUGAAAAGCUUAAGAAGGAAGCAGAGGAAGAAGGAACGCUGGGUUCAGAGACAGCAGGAGGCAAAAGAUCUGGCAAUGAAGUGGGACCUGACUGGCAGUGAUGAUGAGGAAAGAGACGGAUACACGUGUGCCGUGUGUUUAGAUGUGUAUUACAGUCCCUACAAGUGCCAUCCUUGCAGUCAUGUGUUCUGUGAGCCCUGUUUGAGAACUCUGGCUAAGAACAGGCCAAGCAAUACCCCCUGUCCCCUUUGUAGGACCCUUAUAUCUCAUGUGCUCUUCCAAGAAGAGCUCAAUGAAACUACAAAAAUGUGCUUCCCGAAAGUGUACCGUUCAAGACAUGAGACCUUUCAGAAGAUCAACUAUUCCAAAUGGCCUCUGCCCAACUGUCCGAAACGCUUUCGCAUCUUUUGGGGGUUUCAGAGACAUGGAGGCCCUGCCAAUCGCUGGCAGUUUCCCCACAGAGCGUUUGGCCUGGACGCAUUGGAUUGGGGAGACAUGUGGGGCUGGCCGUUUGACAUUGACUUUGUGAUCAUCUCUGUUUACUCUCUGCACUGGGUGAUGGCCUUCAUCAUCUUCUGUGGCCUCUGCUACUUUCUCCUCCUCUGAUAUGUGGAGCAUUCGAUCUCACUCUUUUCUGUUGCUGGACAAACGAUUGUUGACAUCGCAUCAAGUGCCUCAUACUUUUAUUUCAAAUGUAGCUUCAAAUUGAUGAACUGUUAUUAAGACGUUCUUCUUCCUGUGGGAAUCCUUUGUGUGUUUGCGGUUUAGGUUUUACGGGGUUUGUGCAAUUCAUUGAUAUCACGUUUCAGUUGUUGCCUAAUAUCAUAUGCUUACUUGAACUGUAAACAGUAUUAUAAUGCGGUAAAAACCAAAUAAGCAAUAAUUCAGGACAUAGUGCUUAAUCUGUUUGUACACUUUUUUAAUAAGUUGCCUGUAUUUUUGUUGCUGUAAUUUGAGCUUUUUAGAUGCUUGUCUAAUGCUAGAACCCAUGGUUAUUAUUAAAAACUGCUGUGCAAUAUAUUUAACGACUUGUUUU